AAUAACUGCCUAAUCUCCAUUUCUGCUAUCAAACACAUUCUAUUCUUCCAUGCGUGCGAAAAUCGAAACUAAUCGGUGCUUCAAAACAGGUUGACGCAUUCACUGAUUCGGCAUUCAAGGGUAAUCCGGCGGCGGUGUGCCUGCUGGAGGAGGAGAGGGAUGCAAGCGGUGGCGCGUGAGUUCAUCCUCUCCGAGGCCUGCUACUUAACUCGCCUCCCUGACUCAGCGGGUUUCACCCCCCUGCCGCUGAGAGAAUGCUUCCAUGAAGACAGCCCAAUAUGGUAGUGAAGGCCCAUUUAUCUAACAAGUUACUGAAAGCCCAUUUAUCAAUAAAAGGCCCAAAUAUUACUUUUCAUUAGAUCUUAAAGAUUUUAGCAUACGCGCCACUGCCGAAACCCUUCCCGUUCCGCAGAAGGCGCUCACUUAUUUUUGAACAAAACCCUAAAUCUCCGGCGACGUUUUACUCGCGACGAUGAAGCUCGUCAGGUUUUUGAUGAAAUUGAACAAUGAGACCGUGUCGAUUGAGCUAAAAAAUGGCACCGUUGUUCACGGCACAAUCAUUGGUGUUGAUAUCAGUAUGAAUACUCACUUAAAGACAGUAAAGCUUACUUUGAAGGGAAAGAAUCCUGUGACUAUGGAUCACCUGAGUGUUAGGGGUAAUAAUAUUCGCUAUUACAUCCUUCCCGAUAGCUUGAAUCUCGAGACGUUGCUUGUGGAAGAGACACCUCGGGUCAAGCCCAAGAAGCCUACUGCAGGAAGAGCUGUUGGACGUGGCAGAGGCCGUGGCCGUGGCCGCGGGCGUGGCAGAGGCCGCUAAGUAUUGUUCCCAUCAUCUAAACUUUUUGCUGGCCUUUUGUUAUGUAAACAUCUGUAUUAAUAACUGAACUAGCUAAAUGACUUGAAUAUGAUCGGCGCGUUGUUUACUGGUAAAGAUCAUUUCAAUAUUAAUGACCUUUGGCUUAAUUGAUCA